AUGUCGCGUCGUACAACUGGCUCAACGACGAAGUACCUACCAUCGUCGUUCCAGCGUUUGAAGGAAGACGACGGACAGUACUUUCGCGACCCCAAUGCUGCAAAGUAUCCCGACUUCCCAAUGGCACCCGUCGUACAUGCUAUUACGAAGAUCGACCCCGAAUUCGACGCUACGAACACCGAUGUCUUCGCAUGCGGAAGCACCCUUGGCAACCUCCUGCGCUUCGCUCGUGGUAUCGACAAAGCGUUCCGGUUCAACAUCGAGGUCAUCGGCGAGACAGUCUUCUUUAUACGAAAAGAGAAUGACCCCAAGGAAGUUAUCAAGGAUAUCAGAGGCUUUGGUCAUACAUUUCCGGAAGCAUACACUACAUGGGACCAGAGUGUCAAAGGCUCCGAGACACACCAGCGCAUCAUACGAUACAAGUUCAGCGGCUUGGACUGCCUUGUACGCUUCGAGAGCGAUGGUUACAUCGACGAGUCCCCUGCAGUUCGGCAUUUCGCACCUGAACAGACUUCUGGGGACCAAGAUGAGCUUCUGCAAGCAUUCCAGCAAGCAGCCAUCGGCCGUCCGCCGAGCAACGCGAUGGGUAAGCUGGAAGAGCUCAAGAUCGAACACGGCGGAUCUGCAAUACCGCAUCACUCCAUAUUUGACCUGAAGACACGCUCAGGCAAAUACAAGAAACCUAUCAACAUGACCGACAUCUACCCGGCGCUCUGGAUGAAACAGAUAUCCAACUUCAUCGUGGCCUACCACGACGGCCAUGGCCUUUUCGAAGAUAUACAGGUACAAGAUGUCAAGAGCGAUGUGCGAGCCUGGGUGCGAGAGAAUAGAGACGGCAUCCGCCGCUUCGCAACACUACUCAAUGAGAUCGUUGGCAUCGCCAAGAGCAGCACAAACAAGUUGCUCGAAGUGUAUUGCCCCGGAGCGGAUCGCCUAGAGAUCCGAAAACAGUAUGGCGACGGCGUACACGCGUUGCCUGCAGACUUGGUCGACAGAUGGGAGAAGACGGAGACUAAUAUCUCCUCUACUCAGGAUGAUGCUUCGGAUGAGGACGAAUACAAUGAUGGCGGUGUCGAUGUUGAUGCAAGGUAUGGGUUUGGCAGUGGCGACGACGACUCAGGUUCUGAGCCAGACUACACUGCGUGUUCUGCUGAAGACUGUGGGUACUGCGGAAAGUGCACGUACUAG